AUGCGCGUUGCUACUAUAGCAGCAUCAAAGGCGGCUGCAUGCAUGCGUGCAGCCGAAGAGAGUGAUUUUCAACCCUCAGCAGCAGGUGAUCUAUUGCCUACUGUUGUUCACAGUCCACGUUGUGAGGUAGCACGUGCGUCAAGUACAUCCGCUGCGUCUUCAGCGGGUGCUGCGAAUCGCAAUGUAGAUGAGCCUGGGAUUAAGCUCUACUAUUCGGGUGAGUUAAAUGAUCCAUCCGACUUGAAGGCGACACCUCACGACUCCGAAUCACCCGGGGCGGACACUACAAGAGCCAAGUUGACUGGCUCUGGUGAACGUGGCGGUAUCAUGUCCGAGAUCUUCGGAUCGAGCGAUCGUUCUUACUAA